AUGGCUGUGUCGAUUCCAAACCAAAUUGCUUGAAACAAUAGAACCUUACAUCAUGGAAAAUGAGAUCGAUAAUAAACGAAUAAAACGUUUUAUGAACCCUAGGACCAAAUCUGCAACUUGGAUAAUAAUAAUAGUGGACCUUUCGAUCUUCCUGACUGGAUUGUGCUUCGCAUGGUCGUCUCCAAUUCUCGUCAAACUUGCUGAGACCAAGGAUAACCCCUUGGGGGAUCCCAUAACUCCAGACGAAAGUGAUUUGAUAGGUUCUCUGUUCUAUAUUGGAUGUUGUAUUGGACCAAUUUUUAUCAUCUGGAUUCUAGUCAAGUUUGGAAGAAAAACCUCUCUGAUUAUAUCAAUUGUGCCAUUUAUCUUAGCGCAUGUUUGUUUCGCAUUUUCUAAAAAUAUUGAAGUGUAUUAUAUUUGUCGGAUUAUUUCGGGUAUAGCAGUUGGUAGUAUUGUGAGUGCUGUGCCAGUUUAUACCUCAGAAAUUCUACCACCUAAAAUAAGAGGUUGUUUGAUGUCUCUUUGCAAUACAUUCAUACAGGCUGGUUCACUUUUAUCUUAUGUCUCAGGACCGUAUUUAUCAGUUUGUUAUUUCAACAUCAUGAUUGUGAUUGUUUCUUUAGUUUUCUUAAUUCUUUUUGUUAUUUUUUGUCCGGAAAGUCCUUAUUACACUUUGGUUGCUAAUGGAAAGGAAGAAACAGGUAAACUUCUUCGUAAUCUACGAGUAGAAAAUAUAAAUUAUGAGUUGAACGAAAUAGAAGCAGCAUUGAGUGAACAAAGAAACGACUCUUUUUUGGCAAUAUUCAAGACCAAGAGCAAUGUAAAAGCAUUUUUAUUGGCAACAAUUCUUCUGGUGAUUCAACAGUUUACAGGAACUAAUAUUAUAAUGGGUUAUAGUCAACUAAUUUUUCUAGAAACCAAUGUUAUAUUUUCCUCAGAUAAAUGUGCCAUCAUCGUUGGGUGCUUUCAGUUGUUUUCUUCAUUUUUAACACCUCUAUAUUCUGAAAAAUACCCUCGAAAAUCUUUGUUAGGAUUUUCUCUUUCAGGUCUGAUUAUAUGCAAUUUUACUUUGUCGAUAUAUUUUUUUGUAUUGAAAGAUAUGAAUAUUAUGAAUUGGUUGCCACUAUUAGCCUUAGCUGUUUUUGUUUUGUUUGACAACUGUGGAGACGGUGCUUUACCUUGGGUACUUUUAGGGGAGCUUUACCCAAGUCAUAUAAAGUGUACUGGGUCAUCGUUAUCUACGAGUAUCUUUUAUUUGGUGCAAUUUUGCCUCACUUUCAUCUUCCACAAAGUAGAACUGAAAUUUAUGUUUUUGGGUUUUGGUUGUUUGACUAUUCUGGCGCUUAUUUUUAUUUAUUAUUUUGUUCCAGAAACUAAGGGUAAAACUCUCAGAGAAAUUCAAGAACUAAUUGAAAAAGAUAGUAUUUUUGCGUAAUUUAAGUGCUGAACAAUCUGUGAAAAGGUUGAAUAACUUUUCCAAUCGUUAUAUUGACGAAAUUAUUUUUAUCAACUGAAUACAACUCCAUUAGUAUUAUCUGAGUAGUAUUUUUAAUUGUUUUCAUAGAAAAUUAUACGAAAAUUAUAAGAACAAGGAAGUGAUGUAAUACAAAAACUGUAAUAAUUAUUAUUGGUGAUGAUUGUAUCAUUUGAAAUCUUAUAUUUUAACAGUACGAAAGUAACAUGUAAAUAUAAAGAGAAUAAAGAAUUUCUAAAUA